AUGGAAAUUAAUGAUCCAAAUAAAUUUAUUUCAAGUCUAGACAAAUCGAAGCCAGUUGAUGUAUAUACCGAUGGAGCUUGCAGUGGAAAUCCUGGACCCGGUGGCUGGGGUGUUUUUUGCCAACAAAAUGGUAAUUCAUAUAAACUUGGAGGUGGUUCAAAGGAUACCACGAACCAGAGAAUGGAACUUAUGGCUGCUAUUGAAGGCAUCAGUCUCUUUCCAAGAUGCUUCAGUUUAAAUGUUUAUACAGAUUCCAAAUACGUUUUUAAUGGAAUCACAGAUUGGGUUAGAGGAUGGAAAAGUAGGGGCUGGAAAAAGUCUGAUGGUGGAAAAGUUUUAAAUCUUGAACUUUGGAAAAGAUUAGAUCAAGUCAAUUCUGAUCACACUGUAUCUUGGAAAUGGGUGAAAGGUCAUAGUGUUAACCAUGGAAAUAAUAUGGCAGACCAAAUAGCCGUAGCAAAUAUUCCAAAUACAAAAUCAGAUUAUAAUUUUCCUCGUAAUGAUCAAAAAUAUGAAGGAAAGAUCUCAUUCCUUGAUGACGAUGAUUGGUCAAAUUAUAAACCAAAUAAUAAUUUAAAUUUAGGAACAAAAUUUGAAAUUCAAAAAGAAAAAGAACAAAAUAAGGCAAAUACAAAUAGUUUCCAAGACAGAAAUAUUGUUUUGUCAUCAUCAGAUGCUUCUUCACUAAAAUUAUCUGAAAUCUUAUCUGGACUCACAAAUAAAGAGACAGAAAUCAAAUAUGUUAUACAACUAGUGCUAUUCGAUAAAGAGCAUCCAGAUCUGAAUGUACUGGACUCAAUUAAAAAACUUGUUCCACGUAUUGGUCAACUUCUAGAGAAAUAG